ACACACCAAUUUGCAAACAUUUAGAUCGUGUCAUCUUAAUUGGCGCCUCAAAGGAUGAAACUGUCGAAGUUGCGUGUGAAAUACAAGCGGAUCCACCACCCAGAACUUUUCGCUGGAAAUUCAAUAAUUCUGGUGAAACCCUUGAUGUGGGCAGUGAACGUUUCAGUGUAAAUGGUAGUCGUAGCAUUCUGAAGUAUACACCCGUAACAGAUCAAGACUAUGGUACUCUAUCAUGCUGGGCUUCGAAUGAAGUGGGCACUCAAAAUCAACCUUGUCUAUUUCAAGUUGUUUUAGCCGCUCUACCUAACACUGUUAGUAAUUGUACAAUUUUCAAUCGCACCGAGUUAAGUGUUGACAUCCAAUGCAUACCCGGCUACGAUGGUGGUCUUCCACAAAUAUUUGUUUUGGAAAUUUUCUCAACACGCACCGGAAUCACAAGAUUUAACGUUACAAAUCCCGAGGAGCCGCAAUUUUCUUUGGAAAAUUUAGAUUCAUUGACAUCGUUAAUGACACAAGAAAAUAAUUCAUUAAAGUUGCGCAUCUAUGCCUUCAAUCAAAAAGGACGUAGUCCUGCUUAUCCCAUAGCUGAUUUCAUUAUUGGUUCUACAGCCUUUAAGAAUGAUGAUGAUGUAUCCUUGACGUUGUCACCCGUUAUCGUGGGGAGUGUCCUUACAAUUGUUAUUAUUAGUUUGGCUAUAGCUUUGAAAAUAUUCAUGAUGACAUUUUUACACAAUUUACGUCGCAAUCGUCAGCAUGGUACAAAAGCAACAGCCACAGCUGUCGUGGCACAAACGGGUGAUGUAUAUAAGGGCGGCAUUGAAAAACCUCGUUGGCAGCAUACAGAUAUUAAAUCAAAAUCCUCCGAAGAUCUGGUAGAAGAUGAACGUGACCCAGAUGUUAUACCAUCACAAUACGUUGGCAGUGUAGGAAGUGGCAGUUCUACCAGUUCAGCUAAUGCCAGUAUUGGUGGCGUUAGUGGCAGCGGUGGUGUUGGUGUUGGAAAUGGCAUUCCAAAUACUGCUACAAAUGGUAGUGUUAACCAUCACUUUACAUCAACAUCGAAAUGGUCACCGAGUACGAAUCAGCAACAUACCAAAAGUUACGAAACAAACAUGAUGCAACAGAAUCCUACGGGUGGUAAUGGUGGAGUUGGUAGUGAGACUGCAGUUAGUAUACCCAUGCAAUUUAAUCAAAUCAACGCACGCACCCAUCUUUUGGCAUCUGCCUCAAUGAUGUCACCAACAGCAACAACAGCAUCGGCAGCUACAACAUCCGGUACAGCAUUGCUACAUGCAACUGCAACAACAAUAUCACGUACUGGAGCUGCAGGCUCUAGUGGAGGUGGUGGUGUUGGUUUAAUGCAUGAUGUAGGCAACAUAAUAGGUUCACCUACAUCUUUAGCUUCAACAUCAACUAUAGCAGCCACCACUCACUUGCAGCAACAACUGCACUCCAGCGGUGUUGGUACACUACCACCCGGUCUUGGGACGGGUGGUGGCUACAUAUUAAAUAGUCUCAUUAACAGCAGCAGUGGCACAGCCAUGUCAAGUUUACAUCAUACCUCAGCCACCUGCUCUCCCUCCGCUGCAUCGUCAUCGUCGGCAAAUGCAAAUGCCAGCAAUGUUGUGGGUGGCAUGAUGGGCGGCGGCAGCAUAGGUCGUGUUAACCUUCAUCACAGUACAUUGCAUCAUCACAAUACGUUGGGUAGUCGUGGCAAUCAUGGCCAUUAUACGGGUCAUCCUUCGCCCUCAACCAUGAUGUUAACAUCGCAAACAACUUCUGCUCUGAGUGGUGGUAGUGGCAGUACACCGGGUUCUACAACUGGUGUUGGCCUACUUUUGGGUUCACAUUCACUGCCAUCGGCAGCACCAUCGACAACAACAACAUCGUGUAAUUCAUCCACUGACCUGGACGAUAACAUUAACAUCAUGGCCAUUAAGGAUUGUUUAAUGACACAGCGUGUGCCCGAAAGUUGUGUCUGAGUUGUUCCACAUUGUAAUUUUAAAUUUAUUUUUACCAGCAGCUGUAGUAAAACUGACACUGCUGCACCAUCCGCAGUGGCAGCAGCAGCAAUAGUAUGUUCAUUUUUAGGCGCUUAUGUGAAAUAUUGUUUGCAGAAACAUGAACAAAAACAAAGCAAAAGAAAAUGUGAAACAAAACAACUUAAAUGAAAAGAAAAGCCCUCCCCAUUUCACUCCCUCAAAGAGAAAAAAAAGCACUCUUGUAAAAAAUAAACGAACAAGUUUUCCAAAAAAAAGUGUAACUGUCAUUGGAUAAUUGAAAGUGUGAGAGGAGAGCGAGAGAGUGCUUGUGUGUUAAAAUGUUUUUUAUGUUUAAGUAUGUUUUUCUUUAAUGUAUGUCUCUCUGGAUAAGUGUAUGUGUCCCAGUAUGCGACACUGAGUGCAUGUGUGUAAAUAACUUGUUUGUAUGUAUGUAACUAUGUUAAGAUUUGUGUAUGUUUGUGCGUGUGUAUGUCAGAGUGUCUGUGACAUUGACAAGAUUUCUCUGUAUGACAAAAAUUGAUCAUUAAAGUUUUAUUUUAUGGAAUGAAAACAAAAAUUAAACGAUUUUUUGUUUAAACAAAUUUAUUUUGUUUUUUUUUUUCUCGCAAAAAUUUUAAUUUCUUGCUAAAUUUAUUUUAUUUUUAUUCUUUAGGCAGACAGUUUUUAUCACUUUUAGUGGAUUGGUUGCUUAUCAGCGAUUAUUUAAAUGGUAGUAAUAAAAAUUAAAUGGUAUUAAUUUAAAUUUUAAGGAAUUUAGUUUUUGUAACUUACCAAAUAAUGUCUAGUGGACUAGGGAGGAUAGAAUAGAAUUUUAUAAAAAUGCUCUAAUACAAUCUUUCUUAAGUGUGAAAAUGAAAUGCGGAUUUAAUAAAAGCGAAGGCAUAAAUACCAUUCAUUAAUAUGUUCUGAAGUUCAAGGACUCAGUAAUUGUAAACCAAUGGCGUAAGCGACAAAAUAGAAAGAGUUAUAGUUAGAAACAAAAGAGACCAUGGAAAUAAAAGAGUAAUCUAUGCUUUUGGACAGUUAAUGCCGAUUAUUCCUGGAUCUGGUGGAAUUCUAUUUCAUUCUCUUCCUUUAAUAUAACUAUGUCAAUGGCCAAUGAAUGGAAGCUGAUAUUCAGGCUUUUGUAAUACCUAGUAAUAAUCUCUUUACUAGGUAUUACGAAAAGUCCUUCCAUAUUCGAUAGGACUAACCUUUAAGGUUAAUGAGAGUCAUUUUAAGACAUUCAUAAGAAUUUCCUGUUGUCAUAGUGGUCUAAGCCAUAAGCUAAGCAUAGGAAACAUAGGCUUUAAAAAGAUGGGCAUAGAUAGGGUCGUUUACACAGAUUCCAUGACAAGAAACAAUUCUUGCCAUGGUGUACAUGGGUCCAAAUUGGUCACUGCGUUAGAAAAAUUUCAGUUUCAGUUGUAGGAAGGAUGAAUGAACAAUGAAACCAGCGUCGCAAGCUUAUGAAAGUGCUAAAUAAUGCCAGACACACAGCCGAUGAACCACUAUGUGAUAAAAAAGAUCACCUGUGUCUCCCAGUUUUGUUCAAAGUUAUGCACUUUUUUAUGGGCCCCAAAGAUUUGGGGACUCGGUUUUAAUUUUGCACAAAAGUGAUCAUUUUCGCAAGUUUGUUCAAAAUUUUGAACAUAUAAAAUCAAAGAAACAUCAUCUUAAUCACUUUAUUUCAAGUGGAAAGUUUUGCAUUGUAAAGUUGCAGUGUUUUUAUUAACAACACCUGUACGUAUACGUGAAUUAUUGAUAUUACAAAUAUUAAGUAUACGCCAUAGAGAAGCACUAGAAAUAUUUUUUAACACGUAAAAAAAAUCGAAUUUUAAUCACUUCAUUUCAAGUGUUAGCUUUUGCAAUGUAAAAUUGCACUGUUGUUAUUAACGACACCUCUACGUAUACGUGUUAAUGAAUUAUUGCUAUUGCGAAUAUUAAGUAUACGCCUUAGAGAAAGACUACAAACACUAUAUAUUUAACACGUAACAAAUCGAAUUUUUAAAGUUUUUUGCGAAUUUGAUCUUGAAGAUGAAGAUUUUUGGAUUUUAUAUGUAUGUUCGCAAUUUUUGUUCUUUAUGACAAGAGCUGCAACUUUCCCUCAGAGAGUAAGAUGUGGGCCUGAGAAGAUUAUCACUUUGUUUGCCAAAAUAACACCGAGGCCCAUAAAAAAGUACUUUAAAAGACUAGUUUAUACUACUUAGUGAUACCAAUGCAUAGUAGAUUCAUAAUCCCUCAACAUAUUUUUAAACCUUAUACCCAAAUAAUGGGGAUGGUCCUACAUACAUCUUAAUGUAUUCCAAUCGGAUGAGAAUCAUUUUGAGUCGAUUAAUCUAUGUCCAUCCGUCUGUGUGUCGACGCAAACUUUGUGCGCACCGUACAGAUCGCAAUUUUAAAGAUAAUUUUAAAAAUGUGUCACGUUCUCCAAGAACGAAGCUUAUUGAAAAUUAUUAAAAUCGGUACAUUGUUUUACGUAACCCCUAUACAACGGCAGUUUUAUAUCUCAUAUAAUAUGGUCGUCCAAGUCGGACUACAUAUUAAUACUUAUUUCAUAGUUGGAUUCAUUUGUUACUAUUGUGUUCUACAAUACCUCAGCAGGUUUCUUUUUACCAUGUUUAUGGGCUUUGCAUUUCGUUCUCUCUCACUCUUCCAAAUGUUGAACUAUUGCUCGACUGGAGUUUUUGUAUUUUUGAAUUAUUUGUCUUGUAUAGAUUAUUUGAAUGAUCUUGCAAUAUCGCUAAAUAGGACUAGUACUCUUAGGACAAAAACUUGUUAAAAUAACUCCUCAGAAAUGCUUCUUUAGUGGGAAGGGUGUUAUGCGUUUGUGCUGAUGUUUGUAACGCACUAAAAUAUUAGUACUAUACUUACCUUAAAGUUACCCAUUGACUCAGAAUCACUUUCUGAGUCGAUUUAACGAUGUCCGUCCGACCGACUGUCCGUGUGUCCAUGUAAACGUUGUUAUCAAAGUACAGAUAGGAAUUUAUUAAGAUAAUUUGAUGUGCACGUUUCUUUUGACCUAAGGAAUCCUUUAGAAAAUGGUUAAAAUAGGUCCAUUA